UUGUUUAAAUGUUUGUCUAGUUGUUGAGUAAAUUGUCUUGUCAAAUGUGAAAGUAUCGUCAAGGAAGUUGCUUACUUAUCCAUAAAGACACACCUCAUACACACCCCUUCACUCGACCAAUCACACACACUCGUUAAAUGAACGCGUACAGGAUAGCAUUGGAUGCUGAAAAUCUUCGAAUUAUGUUGACAACGUUGGUAAAAUGGACUGCUUCUGGAGCGAUGGUUUUCGGCGGUGUCGUACCAUAUGUCCCCCAAUACAGGGACAUAAAACGGUCUGAAAAUGCGGAAGGAUUCUCCACUUAUGUCUGUCUUGUACUACUUGUUGCAAAUUUGCUGAGGAUAUUUUUCUGGUUCGGACGUCGUUUCGAAUACCCUCUACUUGCUCAAAGUGUUAUCAUGAUAUUUACAAUGUUGGGAAUGCUGCACCUAUGUGUUCGAGUUAAAAGUAUGCACGAUAUAAGUACAAGGAGAAGAGCAUUUAUAGAUUUUGACGUGAGACAUUUCUGGAAGUGGAAUCGCUUUUCAGAUUAUCUGCAAGCUGUCUUAUUGUUCACUGCGAUCGGAGGAUAUUUAACUUACUUACUAAUCGAUUCGUUCAUAUUCGUAGAAGGGAUCGGAUUCUUAGCUGUGUUCACGGAAGCGAUGCUCGGAUCGCCACAGUUUUAUAGAAAUUUUCAAAAUAAGUCAACUGUUGGGAUGAGUGUCCAAAUGGUGUUGAUGUGGACCAGUGGAGAUGUUUUUAAAACGGGGUAUUUCAUUGCAAACCAGGCUCCGGUACAAUUCUGGAUCUGUGGAUUACUGCAAGUUGGCGUGGACAUUGCAAUUUUAACCCAAGUUUGGUAUUAUGCACGGUAUCCCCAAACAGUCAAAAAAGCAGUUUCAUGAUCAAUUUUUCCAUUUUUUUUGUUUCAUAAGAGAAUUUUCGUAAAGAAAGGCCACACGUACUCAACUUUGGAAUAAGAAAUUCGUCUCAAAGCACUGAACUAUAUAGAAUUAUGGUGGUAUGAUACCCACACACUCACUCAUAGGUAAAGGAGUCUCAUUCCCGAUCAAAGUGACAGUUAUGGUCUUCCACCUAGAUUUAUGGUUGGUUCCUUAUGUUACUCACUUUGAAACUUUACGGACGAUCAAUGAAAUAUCAUGAUAAUAUAUCGAUCAACGUCAUGUGAACUCGCUCAUAAGUAAAGGAGACUCAUUUCUGCGUUAAAUUACGAGCAACAACUGAGUUCUCAAGAUCAUAACUCGUGCUCACUCAGUAACAAAGCAGAGUUUAAUGUUAAAGGUUGCCAAACCGUGUUAAAGAUUUCUGGUGCCUCAAAUAUUAGAAAUAAAUGAUUUUUUUUUUGAGUUAUGGGAUUGUGAAUAAUAUAUUGCUUAUAAGCCUUAUGCUAAACACUGAGAAAGAGUUUUUGAAAUAAAAAACGAGAAUCUCAAGAACUAUUUUUUUCAUAACCCCCCACCUCCCCGAGAAUAUAUUGUGACAAUCAUAGUUUAUCUACCUCUUUAUUAUGACUAAAUAGAGGUGUUGGAAACCAAAUUGUGCUGGUUUGAUUUUAAUGGGGGAUGUAUUCCCCAAUGGCCAUAAACAUUAUUCCAAUUGCAACAUUGAUCUUAUCAAACUGAAUAUUUUAAAUAUAGACACAUUUUAUUUAUUGAGCCUCAUUUUUUGAAAAAUGUAUUAAAUCGAUCAGUAUAGUUUACUGGAAUAUAUAUAUACGGUGUCCAUAACGUUUUAGAAUUUUUU